AUGCAGGUGAGAAUUUUCAUUAUUUUCAGAAACAAAUGUUGAAUUUUUAUAGUCUGAUGAUCCGGCAUAUUUAACAGUUGGAACAGAAGUCAGUGCUAAAUUUAAAGGAGCUUUUUGUGAAGCGAAAGUGAAAAAAGUUACGAGAAGUAUAAAAAUCAAAGUAUUAUUGAAAGAAUCACCAUUUGGUCAUUUGAUUAUUGAUGAAAAUGCACUUCCGAAAACUGCCAAAAUUGAACUUAAUGAGGUAAUUUAAUUUUUUUUUGAUGAAAAAUACGUAGAGGUUUUUACAGUUAGUCGAUGUUAUUCAAGGAAAACAAACUCUUCGAGCUGUUAUAUCAAAUAUUAAAGAUUGUAGUAAAUAUCAUGUUGGUAAGUGAUUUUGAACUUUUCCCAAUUUUUUAAAUUUAAUUCAAAAAUCAAUUUCUAAAGUUUUCAAUGAUGGUGAUGAAAAGGAACUUCGAAGAACUCAAUUAUGUUUGAAAGGUGGAAAACAUUUCGAUGCGGCAGUUAAUUUGGAUGCUUUACCAUUAUAUAAUCCGGAACAAUUUAGUAGUCCUGUAGUUAGAGGAGCAAAGAAUAAGUUAUUGAAUAAAAAGUGAGUUUGUCUUCAACAAAAUUUUAAAAAAAUCAAAACAAAACAAAAAAUCAAUAUUUUUAGGAGAAAAGGCGAUGAGUCAUUAUCUCCUUUAAAACGAAAAAAGAAAAAGGAUGGUGAAGAUGAAGAUGAUGAUGAAAGUGAUGAAGAAGGUUCGAAAAAACGAGAAAAACGAGCAGCUGCAUCGGCUGCAACUAUGGCAAUAACUGAAAUAUCUGGAAUUGGAUCUGGUGGCGGAGAUACAACUGAAGAUUCGAGUGCUGAUUCAUCUGAAGAAAAAGAGCGGAAGAAACAGAAUAAAAAAGAUGAAGUUGAGAAAAAAGAGAAGAAGAAAGUUGGGAAUAUUGGAAAUGUUGGAGGAGGAUCUGGAGGAGUAACAAUAGCUGCUGCUGAAAAGGAGAAACCAGCAACAACAGUUACAUUGCAUGAAAAGUUUUUGAAUAUCGGAAAAUGUGUUGUUGUAUUUGAAGAACCAUCAUCUGCUAUUAGAUUGAAGGAAAGUAUAUCAAUUUCACCUUCUUCACAGGUAAGGAUUUUUAAAAAUCCCAAAAAUUUUUGGGAUGUUUGUAAAUAGAAAUUAAAACUGCUCUUCCAGAAUUUUUGUAUAGGAAAAUGUUGACCUAAAGUCUUAAAACACUACAAAAAUUGCUAAUUUCUGAAUUUUUGCUCGCGAAAAAUAUAUGGCUUUGUACAUAGUUCAUAAAAUUUAAGAAAAACACUUGAAAUUUUAUGAAAAUUGUCAUAAAUGUAUGUCUUUUAAAUUUGAAAUUCAGAAAACAGAAAACAAAAAAAUUGAAAAUUUUCCUUUUCGCCCCAAAAACACCUUAUAUUUUUGCAGAUAACUUCUCCUUGUUCCUCUUCAGCUUCAUCUUCUCCAAAUCGUAUUCCAUCUCCAUUAUCCGCUUCAAAAGCAUCAAUUCCCUCAUCGCUUUAUUCAGUUUUCUAUAAAAAACAAUGGUGGCCAGCAGUUAUUGUAUCACAAACUGCUUAUAAACAAUAUUCGAAUAAACCAAAAGAUAAUAUUGAAAAAGAUCAAGUUUGUGUUAGAAGGUUUUCUGAUGGUAAAUUGUAAGUUUUUUGUAUUAAAAUUUCGAAACGAUAAUACAAUUUUUUUUAAAAUUCCAGCCUAAUUCGAAGUGAAUCACAAAUCAUACCAUUUUCAUGGCUGCCAACAUUUUCGAAAAAGAAACUCGAGGAAAUUCAAUCAUUUUAUUCCGCUUCUUCGAAUUCAUCUACAGAUAAUGUUGAUUUUUCAACUUCAAUUGAAUUCACAUAUGCAUUUGUCGAAUCUGGAAAGUUACCGAAAAAUUGGACAAUGAAGGAAAUAUUCAAAGGAACACCAACUGUAAAUAUUGAAGGAAUUAAGAAAAAAGAAGAGAAAAAAGAGGAAAAGAAGGAGAAAGAGAAAACUAUUGAGAAAAGUUCAGAGGAGGAUUCGUUGAGUGAAGACAGUGAUACUGAAAUAACUGCGGAGGAGAGAAACUUUUUCAUUGCUCAGGUUUAUAAAUUCCACGAAGAAAGCGGUAAGAAUCAAAAUGUUUCGCCAUUUUUCCCUUCAAAUCUUAUUUUUUUCAGCAUCACCGAUCAAUCGAGUUCCUGUUUUGGGCGGAAAAGAGAUUGAUCUAUUCAAUCUUCAAAGAAUAGUUCAAAAUUAUGGAGGAUCGAAAAAAGUGACAGCAAAUGGAAAAUGGAAUAAAGUUUUGAAUAAAUUGAAAUUGAAUGGAUGUCCGGGAGCUACUUCAGUUACUAUCAAAAAAGCAUAUUUGAGGUUUGUUUUUGAAAUUUGGAUCUCUAAAAAUUAAAUUGGUUUUAGGUAUUUGGAACCUUAUUCUUCAUUUGAAUCAAAACUUGGUUGGGCAACUUCUGAUGCAAAUAUUAGUGGAGCGAGAGGAGAAAGAAGAUCGAUUAUAAGACCUGGACAUAUAUCAAUGAAACAGCGGAGGAAAUCAGAUGCGGCAAAGAAAUCGAGUAGAGAAAAUAGUUCGAUUGGAUCGAAAGAAGGAAGUAUUAUUGCUGAUGUUGUUGCUGUUGUGAAAAGGUAAAUUUUGAGAGUAGUUUUAAGGUUUGAGAAGAGAAAAUCCCCAUUUUUCUUUUGAAAGUCUGAAUUUUCCAACGAUUUUUCCUACUUUAAAAAUUUCCACUAGCACUGGAAAAGUUUUUUAUUUUCAAAAUCAUUUUCUCAAACAUCUUAGCCUCAUUUUAUUUUCAAAACGAAAUUUUCCAGCGAAUCACCGAAGCCAAUUGAAAUUGAAACCAAAAAACGAAGAAUAUCAGAAAAUGUCGAAGUUCGAGAACAAAAUGAGGAAAUUGGAGAUGAAUUAAAAUUGAAAUUAGAAGAAAUAAAAGACGAAGAAGCAAAAUCAAGAGAAAAUUCGAUUACGAAAAAAAGGCAAUAA